AUGCGCAGGCGCAUCAGGUCCCCAGCGCGGGAGGAGGGUGUGCUCGCCGCUGCGGGACGUCAGUACGCAGGCGCGGGAGCCUCCCCAUUAAGGGCACGCUCUGUCGAGGCAUUAACGCGCAGGUGUCUCGCCGGGGGUGGAACCCAAAGGCAGGCAGCGGAUAUCCGGUUCCUGGAGCAACGAACGGCCGCGGAGGCGACAGCUAACGCUUCGGAGGAGGCGGCUGCGGAGGAGGAAGAAGAACCACCUCUGGUUUCCCUGCAGGUGCCAGCUGACGAGGUGUGUGGUUGCCCCCUUGUUCGUGAUGUCUUUGAGCUCACAGGUGACUUCUGCCGCUUGCCCAAGCGCCAGUGCAAUCGCCAUUACUGCUGGGAGAAACUGAGGCGUGCUGAAGUGGAUUUGGAGCGCGUGCGUGUGUGGUACAAACUUGAUGAGCUGUUUGAGCAGGAGCGCAAUGUACGCACAGCCAUGACAAACCGGGCAGGAUUACUCGCCCUGAUGCUGCACCAAACAAUCCAACAUGACCCACUCACUACCGACCUGCGCUCCAGUGCUGAUCGCUGAGCCUCCUGGCCCAGACCACC